AUGCCUUCUGUUGCCUCUUUCAAAGAGCGGCCCCCGGCCCUCGCCGAAAAGGCUGGCUGCUCGUCUGAGUCUGGGUCCGGGUCCGACGCCGCCGAGUCCCUUGCCGCGCUGGCCGCCGAGGUGCUGGACCCCGCCAAAGAGCGCAAGCUCCUCCUCAAACUCGACUCGGUGUUUGUGCCCAUCGUCAUGAUGGUCUACCUGUCGUGCUUCCUCGACCGCAGCAACAUCGGCAACGUCAAGGUGGCCGGCAUGCCCGCCGACAUUGGCGCCUCGCCCGCCGAGUUCUCCACGGCCGUGUCCAUCUUCUACGCCACCUACGUCGCCUUCGAGGCCCCGUGGGCCAUCCUGCUCAAGAAGCUGACCCCGCGCUUCCUGCUGACCGCCCUGUGCGUCGUCUGGUCCAUGGCCACGGUCUUCUCGGGCUUCAUCACGUCCGUCGGCGGCCUGUACGCCGCCCGCCUGGUCCUCGGUGCCUGCGAGGGCGGCCUGUUCCCCGGCCUGAACCUGUACCUGACCAUGGUCUACAAGCGCGACGAGCAGGGCAAGCGCGUGUCGUACCUGUUCGUGUGCACGGCGCUGUCGGGCGCAUUCGGCGGCCUGCUGGCCUACGUCAUCCUCAAGAUGGACCGCGUCGGCGGCUACGCCGGCUGGCGCUGGGUUUAUAUCAUCGAGGGAAUUCUCAGUGUUCUCGCUGCGGCCGUCGUCUGGUUCUGCCUCCCCGACGACCCCUCCGACGCCUACUUCCUCGGCGACAAGGAGAAGCACAUGAUGCGCGUCCGCGCGGCCCAGCGCGCCCGGUACAUGGGCAGCGGCGAGUUUAGCUGGGAGGAGGUUAGGAUCACGUUGGAGGACCCAAAGAUGUGGAUCAGCGGCGCCAUCCAGUUCUGCCAAGACGUUCUGCUCUACGGCUUCAGCACGUUCCUGCCGUCCAUCAUCACCAGCAUGGGCUACGGCAGCCUCGAGGCGCAGUACCUGACCAUCCCGGUGUACAUGGUCGGCGGGCUGUCCUUCAUGGCCUUCGCGUACGUAUCGGACCGACUGUGCGUGCGCGGUCCGUUCAUCCUGCUGGCCAACGCGUUCGGUAUCGCGGGCUACGUGCUGAUCCUGUGCCCGACGGCCAACGGCGUCAGGUAUUUCGGGACCUUCCUGUGCGCCGCCGCCGUGUACAACGGCCCCGGGCUCAACCUGACGUGGCUCAAUGUUAACGUAGCCCCGCACUACCGCCGCGCUGCUGCUAUCGGCUUUCAGCAGACCCUCGGCAACACGGCCGGCAUCGUCGCCGGCCAGAUCUACCGCCAGGCCCCCUACGUGCUGGGCAACGGGUUUUCGGUCGGCGCGAUUGGCCUGGCGCAGUUUCUGGUCGUGGCCAAGUGGGCGUACGUCCGCCGCAGGAACGACGAGAAGCGCAGGAUCCAGACCGGCGAGAUUGCCGACGAGCGGUCCAUCAAGACGGGUGACCGGGAGCUUGAUUUCAAGUAUCAUUUGUGA